GUUUUUUUUUUCGAAGAAAUCAUUUACAUAAUCAUGCUGUUUUUUUAUAUUUACUAAAUUAUAUCUUUUUUCUUUCCCUCUUCUUCUUAACAUAUAUACAUAUCUUUUCCAUUGUAUCUAUAUACAUAUAUAUAUAUCUAUAUAUAUCUAUAUAUAAUUAAAGGCAAGACUGUAUAAUGACAUCAGGUCAUCAGUUAAAUAGUUUCAAUUAUGAAGACUACAUUCCAAGCGAUGGUAUUCUGUGUCCUAUUUGUGAAAUAAACUGUAAUACACUAGAAAAUUUGAAUAAGCAUCUUGAUGUUGCUCAUUCAGAAGAAGAUUCAAAAGGAGCUUUAUUAUCAUGGCUACGGAAUGCACAAAAGAAAGUUCAAACAUCAUUAUCAACCAAUAAUUCAACUCUUAAAAUAGGUUCACCCACACAAAGUAAUAGUCUUAAGCAAUGGGUGGACCCAUCUCUAUUGAAUAAGGCCAUCAUUAGCCAUCCAAAUUUUUUUGUCUCGGAUAUGGAUAAACAGGGUGAAUAUGUUACACGGGAACAUUGGCAACGAGAAACAGGACAUGAUAAGUGUAAUAUAGUCGGAUGCAAUAAAAUUGUAGGCAAAUCUGGUGUAGGCAAGCAAUAUUGUCGAAGAUGUGGUAAAUUGUAUUGCGAUUUACAUACACAAUACGAAAUCAAAUUAAGUCAACAAGGACAUCAUGAUCCAGAACAUGGUGUAUGGUGUAAAGUAUGUCUAAAUUGCUUUACAAAUCGCAAAGAUUAUAAUACUUAUGAGGGUGUAACACGAAACAGAACAGACUAUUUUAUGAAAUUAAGAGAAAAAACGAUAGAUAGAGUUCAGUUAGAAAGUAAUCGAUUAGAAAAGAGAUUAGAAAAGCUGGCAAGAGUACAUCAUUCAAUGGAUAAUCUUGAUCAUUCAGGUUUUUUAUCUCCUUCAAGUAAUUCAUUAAACAGCUUCUCUUUGGAUCGGUCGUCCACAUCUUCAAGAGAUAGUUUAGCUAGCAUGUUAUCACCUAAAUCAUCCUUUGUAUCAAACAGUAAUAGUAUUUUAAGUAUGAAAUUAAAAUAUAGAGAUGGAGAGCAAUCUAUUAUUAAAUGGGAAGACGAUCGUUCAGUAAAAGCAUGUCCAUAUUGUGGUAAUUCUUUUACAUUGAUCAAUCGUAAACAUCAUUGCCGAUUAUGUGGUAAAGUUGUUUGUGGCAAUAUCAAGUGUUCAAAAAUGAUUCCCUUAUUCACAGACAUGUCAUCUGAUACCUUUGAUGAUGAACCAGUUGGUGAUACCCGAGCAUGUCGUGAUUGUCAAAGAUAUGUGUUUAGAAGAAAGUUAAGAAACGAAGAAGCAUCAAAGCCUCUACCGAUUAUUCAACUUUACAAUCAACUUUCUAUUACAAGAAAUAAUAUUGAAAAGCAAUUACCAAAGUUUCAUCAAAGUAUUUUAAUGCUAGAAAAAGAAAACAUUACAAAUCAUACACAUGAAAGUUUUGUAAAAGCAGCACAGAUAAGGAAGUUAUUAUUAGAAAAUUUUACAUUAUAUGAUACAUUAGCAAAGAGUAUCAAAUCAUUGCCUGCUAAUACACCUUGCAUGAAGAGACUUCAAGCUAAUAUUUGUCAUGCCGCUAAUCUCUAUUUACAACAAAACAUGUUACCCUUACAAAUGUUACCCCGUAUAUUAAAGACAACUAAUAAAAAGAAAGAUCACCAAAAGGUGUUACUAGAAGAGCAACUUGAAACUUAUUUAGAACAAUAUCAUCUAGUAGAAGGUUAUAUUAAAGAAGCUAAUGCAGAUCGAAAGUAUGACGAUGUUAAAACCUUGAAAUCAAGUUUAGAAGAAUUACAAGUUGAAAUUAGUCGGUUACGUACAAUUCUUGGUUAA